AUGCACACAUACUGUGGAGAUGGCAAGAGUGUUGUUGACGAAGUUGUUCAGACAGGUUCCAUUGAAUACCAUGAUGAUAUUUCCAUCACUUUCACAGAAGAUAAAGGCAUGCAGUGUGACACAGACCCUCUUAUAGAGGAAAACCAACAUCUGAGGGAGGAGAAUGAAAGAUUGAGGAAAGAGCUGAAGAUGAUGAAGUGGGGGGUCAACAUAAUUAAGGAUGAUGACAAGGCCACACGAUUUUAUUCUGCUUCCUUCUACCUAAGGCCAAAAAAUGCAAUAUUGGAAUGGCGCCAAUACCCCAGUGAAGGACAGGCAGAAGCCACAAAGUUCAAGUUUGACUUUGAUUGA